AUGGCCCACCUGCGGACCCACGAAGUCCAGCAGCUGCUGCACAACAAGUUCGUGGUCAUCAUGGGGGAUUCCAUCCAGCGCGCCGUGUACAAGGACCUGGUGCUCCUGCUGCAGAAGGACUGCCUGCUCUCCUCCAGGCAGCUCAAGGCCGAGGGCGAGCGCAGCUUCGAGCGGGACGUGCUGCUGGAGGGCGGCAGGAGGGACCGCAGGCGGCAUGGCGCCCACUGCCGCGAAGUACGUCAGUUCUGCUCCGGCCACCACCUGGUGCGUUUCUACUACCUCUCGCGCCUGUACUCUAAUUACGUCGAGGACGUUCUGGGGGAGCUGCAGGCGGGCCAGCACAUCCCGGACGUGCUGGUCAUGAACUCCUGCCUCCGAGACCUCUACAGGUACGGCUCGGACUUCCGAAGGAGGUACCGCGAGCACCUGCACAGCUUGUUCCAGUGCCUGUCCCGCAUGCUGCCCAACGCCUGCCUGCUGGUGUGGACCACGGCCAUGCCGGUGGCCCACACCAUCUGCCGGCACUUCCUCCCGUCGGAGCACCGGCACCGCCGCUCCCGCCUGCGGGAGGACGUGCUGGAAGCCAACUUCUACAGCGCCGCCGAGGCGUACUGGUACGGCUUCGACGUGCUGGACCUGCAUUUCCAUUUCCGCCACGCCGGCCACCACCGCCAGCGAGACGGGGUGCACUGGGACGCGCGCGCGCACCGACGCCUGUCGCAGCUGCUGCUGACCCACGUAGCAGGGGCCUGGGGCGUCGACCUUCCCCGCCACGACGAACAUGAGCGCGGCAGUAUCAGGGAUGGCCUGGCCGGCAGACAUCCAGGACACGCAGACAGGAGGCAGCCCCGAGCCCACCGAGACGACCGGGCCCUGUCCUCGCGGCGCUCCGCGCCCCGGUGCCACCACGAGUCUCGGCACCAUCACGGGCUCUGUCACCAUUGUAGACAUCACUGCAUGACCCACCACCGACACAGCUGUUUGCACUCCGACUUGUCUUCACGGCGCCAGCAGUUCUCCAGGGAUACCUCCGGGCGGCGGCUGGGCCCCAGCAGCACAGGCUCUGCCCCGCAGGGAGGCAGAGGUUCUCCCCUUCAUUCUUCCCGAUGUCCCUAUGGCCCACACAGAUGCCAGCGAAGGUGCUCGGAUCACAGACAGGGCCACAGGAGCCAUACCUAG